CCAACUAAAUAUGUGAACGGCGAAAUUUUUCAUCUGUCAAAUUUCCUAUCGGGAAAGGCCUUUUUCUCAAGGUUUUCUGUUUUCUUUUUAAAAUUAAUCUGAUUGUCCGUUUGUCUCUAAAAAAAUAAUCAAUGAUUUUUUUUUCGGACCAGAACUGCCUAAAACGCAGUAACAACAUGGAUAUUAUCCUGCAGCUAUCUCACCAAAUAUACCAAAAAUGAGUCCCAAAUCACCUGAUCAACUUUCGGAAGAAAACUGCUUCAAAUCAAGGCAAAUUCUUGAUUCAUCCAUAUGCGAUCUGCUAAAAUGGCCAAAAUCAAUCGAAGUGAUUUUUUUUUUCAAAAAACGAUUUAUUAUUUAAAAUUCGUUCAAACCGUCCAAAACACUUUUAAGGCAUUUUCGGACAUUUCGAAAAUGUAUUCUCGAAUGUUUAUUUUUGUUUAUCUUCCCUUUUUGUUUUGUGUUGUGACUGGGUGCGUUUAGUAGACGAUACAUUUCAAACGAAAAUCUUAAAAAAAAUCACGUUACAUUUUAAUGUUUUGAUAAUAAAACUUAACUGAGAAUCGAGUUGUUUCUGCUGCAGUCAUGGAACAAAUCUGUCGGCUGUGUUUGAUACAGGAACAUGAUCACUUCGAGCCACUAUUUUCCAUCCACCAAGAGCGUUAUAUCAUUGCCGAAAUGGUGAUUCUGUGUACAGGAUUGCAGGUAGCUGAGACUGACAACCUAACGCAGUUAGUUUGUAACGUUUGCGUCGAUGAGCUUAAGCAUUUCAUGAAGUUCCGUAAACAAUGCUGGGAGAACGAAUCCUAUCUAAGACAGAAGAAUAAUGAGCUAAAUUCAGGAAACGAAGAAUUGUUCAGCGAUAAAUUUACAAACGGAAAAUUAGUUAACUGUGAAAUCCUCUGGGAAGAUGGUACAGACUCCCAAUUUUCUUCUGAAAAAGAGUACGGCGAAAUUGAAACAGUUGACGACACUGCUUCUACCAAAACUUUCGACCAUGGAUCAGUCAAGGAAGAAAUCUACCUGUAUGAUGGAACAACUGAUCAGGUACUGAAAGAUGAUAGCAAUAGUACUAUAGUUGAAGAAAACGAUGGAAAUGGUAAAUUCGAAGAUGUUGUUCAAAUUCAAAAAAGAAAAUUGAAACGCAACAUAAAUUUAAAAGAAGCGCCAUCCAAACGAAAAACCGUUGAUAUGGUUGAAGCUUCUAACAUUUCCAGAUUGGUAUGUUGCGGUUGCCCAAGCAAAAUCUUUUACGCUGAACGCGAGCUAGAAGCGCACCGGAAAGAACAGCACGAGAAAUUCCGCAUUGUCGAUACCGUUAUUCGACCAUUUGAAUGCGAAACAUGUUAUCAGAGAUUUCUUACCAAGAAACAGCUCGAGUUGCACAAAGCACGUGGUUUAAAGACACGAAAAUACGUUUGCAAUUUUUGUGGAAACUCUUUUCUAGCAUUCAGCUCCCAGAAGAGACACGAAGAAGGUUGUUCAACAACGGAUAAAAGCUACUCUUGCGAUGAAUGUGGUAAACUUUUCUCCCAAGUCGCUUCCCUCCGGAAUCACCAGAAGCUACACAACUCGGAAAAGCAACACGCCUGUCCGAUCUGUGGGAAGAAGUUUCUUAAGAAGUUCCAAGUACCGAUCCACAUGGUCACGCACAUCGAUGAGCAGCCCUUUCCGUGCGAUCAAUGUCCAGCUCGUUUUAAGCGGAAGCACGCACUCCACAAUCAUCUCAAACACCACGCUGAUCCGACGCCGUACGAGUGUGAUCUGUGCAGCGAGCGAUUUAAUAAUUUUAGCGCUCGAAAGCUUCACCGCCAGCGAGUGCACGAGGGUCGGGAACCAUUCAGGUGCGACCUAUGCGGUGCUAGCUAUGGGCGCAAAACGCGACUCGAUCAUCACAUUCGUCGAAUUCAUAGCGAGGAAAUAGGGAUGGUGGGGGAUGAAAUUGUAAAAUGAUGAUUGCUGGUAAUAAAACUACUGUUUUAGUUUAACAAAAAAAUAGUCCUUUUUGUAAUUUUUUAUGUUUUGUAAGUUUUGUAAUUUGCCAUUAAAUUGAUUGUUAAUUCCAUUUAUGGGGAACUUG